CGCCGCCCAGCAGGCAGACAGCAGAGAGCAGCCCGGAGUUCAGAGUCAAUCGGCUGCACAUUGGACUCACCAAUAAUCUGUGGAGCUACAGAGACGCACCAGAGGAACUAUCUCCUUUUAACGAGUUUCAAGGAUGAGAAACAUCAAGGCAAAAACUUUCUUGCUGGUGGGACCUCUUGGUCUGUUGGUCCUCCAUCUCUGUAAAGAUUUUAUUGACCACAAAACCAUCCGCCCUAACAUAGAUGGGAAAGAGGAUGGUAUACAAAUAAGGCAACUCACCACAAAGAGCUCCUACGUAUACUCCUGGCCAAAAUGUCAACGAAAUAUCUCUGCUGCCAACAUCACAGGGUUCAGCUCUCUUUCUGGAGAUAUCCAAGACUUUCUCUAUUAUCAACACUGUCGCCAUUUCCCCAUGCUACUGGACCUUCCUGACAAAUGUGGAGGAGCCGAUAAAUCUGCAGAAGUCUUCCUUCUGCUGGUCAUUAAAAGCUCCCCUGUGAACUACGACCGCCGAGAAGUGCUGCGUAAAACCUGGGCUAAAGAGAGGUUACACAAUGGUGUGUGGAUCCGAAGGAUCUUCCUCUCAGGAACGAUGGAUACUGGUUUUGAGAAAGAGAGACUGAAUAAACUACUUGAAGUGGAGCAGCGAGAGUACAAUGACAUCAUCCAAUGGGACUUCAAUGAAAAAUUCUACAAUCUCACCUUGAAGCAGAUACUGUUCCUGGAAUGGAUGGAAAGAAACUGUCCAAACGCUCGCUUCCUGCUAAAUGGUGAUGAUGACGUCUUUGCUAACACAGAAAACAUGGUUGAGUAUCUCCAAGGCCUCAAGGACAACAAUGGAAGCAAGCACCUCUUUAUUGGCCAUCUGAUCCAGAAUGUGGGGCCCAUUAGAUCAUCAGGGAGCAAGUAUUUUAUCCCAGUUCAGGUCCAGGAGUCAGACUCAUAUCCCCCCUACUGUGGUGGUGGGGGCUUCCUCCUGUCUGGCUAUACAGCUUUAGUCAUAUACAAGAUGUCCGAGUCCAUUACCAUUCUCCCCAUUGAUGAUGUUUACAUGGGAAUGUGUCUGGCUAAAGCAGGACUAGGUCCUGCUUCUCAUAUGGGUGUAAAGACGGCAGGACUGUACAUCCCCUCAAAUAAACUUGAUGCAUACGAUCCUUGCUAUUAUAAAGAAGUUUUACUGGUACACAGAUUCCUUCCAGCUCACUUGUACCUCAUGUGGCACAGAAUACACGAUCCCAAUCUGAAAUGUGGUCUCUUCAAGAUUAUUUAGCAGCACCAAACUAUAACUUAAAGGUGGUGAUGGGGCUUGUUGACACUUUGUUUCCUGCAACUGCUCUGAGGUUGUGAGUGCAGGUAGGACCUUCUUCAUGACAUCAUGAGAAAUUGUUUGAACUGUUUUUCUACCAUUGUUCAGCUGCAGGCUUCGGCAACUUUUUUUUUUCUUCAUUUCAUCAAUGUGGGCGAGCAGUCAGCCUGAUUCAAAUGAGCAUGGCAGUAGUGUGUUUUUUUCCCCCACAUACUGAUUGGGUGAUCAGCUUUCACUGGAAUGAAAAAUUGGAAUGCAAAAAUUGCUCCGCAUCAGGUUUCAUUGUCGGCUACACGUCAGCUGAGUGAUACAUUAACAAAUGAUUCCCGUAUGCAAGUGUUAUUUUAUGGCUGAUGUGUUAUAAAAUGAUUGCCUGCAUAUACAUCCAGCAGACAUGGAGCAUUAUUAGCAUAUUAAUGGCCCCUGACAAAGUGUAAUAUUCACUGGUCUUGACUUUACUGGUUGAAGUCCAUCGACUGCUGAGAAAAAAAUAUCUUGGCCUUUGUAGCUCACAAAAUGAUACCCUUUUCUUUACCAGUUUGUCUAAUCUCUGUUGCUGUGAAGGCACCAUACACAAACAGCAGCUUACUGCUGGAAACAGGGUUGAUGAGAGCUGUGAGAUCCAAUCAUACAGUAAAUUUGCAAGCCAUAAAAUGCAAAACAAAAACAACAACCAAAUGAAAUUAAAAGCUUCUCAGAGCUGCUGGGAUGGGUGAAUAUACGAGCAUGUCUCACUUCACAUGGGGUCAUGAGGUAGACUGUGGAGUCCGCGAUCUUGCAAAAAGAUCAUUGAAAAAAUCCUCAGGUUUUCUUAAGACUAUUGAUGUAAUGCUACAUCAUCAGUUUACAGUUUUCUUCUAUUUAAAGAUUUGUUUUCAGUAUGUGCCAGUGUAUUUGUGUUCAGAAAGAGAUUAAUGUAUGUUUUUGUGCCUUACAUCUGUGCUUCUCAACCAGAAACAACUGUUAGAAUCGCAAAAAGAUGUUUUGGAGGGGAAAAAAACAUUGAUAUGUUGAAUAUAUACAGAAAUGUCCAAAUUUAUUUAAUUUUCAUGCUGCUAAGGAGAGGUUAUAUUGUAUAUUGUGAUAUUUUAUCAUUAAUGGCUUUGAGGUGAAAUUGUGUACUGAAUAUAUCAAACAUGUAUUUAAUACAAACUAAAUCAAAAUAUUGGUGUCUGUAUCAUGUUGUUACACCUUUUUCAGGACAUUGCUGAUGUGUACAUAUGUAUUUACAUACAGUAUGUAUUUACUCAUAUAUGCGAUAGCUUUGUACACAGCUUUUUGUAUUUUUUUCAAAUAUAUUUAAAUUAUAUGUUUGUACCACUGUAAAUGAGCAUGUGUUCAAUAAAGAAAGCAUAUAAAAAUGA